GGCUUCCCGGUGGAGAGAUGCCCCGCCGGCGGAGCCCAGACGCGCCAGCGGCCAGCGAGCGUCCGGGUUGCCCGGGAAAGACGGGGAUCGCCGGCUCCUCUCCGUCCUCCGCCUCGGCUCCCAUGGGCCAGGACGCUUCCAAGGGAGGGUCCCCCCAGCAGUAUGCCAGGGGACUUCUGGACUGGCUCCAAGCGAGUAAAAUGAAGACUGCCUUUCUGAACGUCUUUAUUUUAUAUGCCGCUCUGCCCUUCCUCAUCCGGUUGUUCCCUCCGCUGUUGCAGAAGUUUGUGUACCUCAAUUUCUGGUCUUUUCCCUUUGGUGUGGAUUUCCAGAAGCCUGAAGUCUAUUUGAAUCACACUGCAAACUUCUACUUGACCUCCGAGCCGGGCAUCACUUUUGGCUUUUGGCACGCUCUGCCUGACAAUAGACGGAAAGAAGCAGAAGGGAAGGAGCGCAGCUGGUACGAAGAGGCCCUGGCAGAUGAUAAUCCCAUCAUUGUCUAUCUCCAUGGCAAUGGGGGCACCAGGGCGACGAGCCACAGAGUUCUUUUCACCAAGGUGAUGAGCGAUGGUGGCUUUCACGUCCUGGCCGUCGACUACAGGGGUUACGCGGACUCCACAGGCCAGCCGAGCGAGGACGGCUUCACGACGGAUGUUCUCUGCGUUUACAAGUGGGUGAAGGCCCGGAGCGGGAACAGCACCGUCAUCUUGUGGGGACACUCUCUCGGCACUGGGAUCGCCACCAACACGGCCAGGCAUCUGCAAGAGAAAGAUGGGGUAACGGUGGACGCCAUUGUCCUGGAGGCGCCUUACACCAACAUCCGAGACGCCGCGGCCCACAUCCCGAUCACCAAAAUCUAUCGCAAGUUUCCUGGCUUUGAGUCUCUGAUCUUGGACACGAUGGCCCGAGCUGACAUGCACUUUCUAAACGACAAAAAUGUGCAAGUGCUGUCCAGCCCUCUGUUAAUCUUGCAUUCGGAAGACGAUGGCGUUGUACCUGCACACCUGGGAAGAAAGCUCUAUGAGAUUGCACAGGCGGCUUCUGCAAGGAAAGAGCACGUCCAGUUUAUGGCCUUCCCUGCGUCCAUGGGCUUAGGCCACGAGCACAUCGCUACUCACCCCGAUCUCCCGCUGAUUUUAAAAAAGUUCCUCGAGAGCAUUAAAUGACCAGCUGCCGCCCAUCAAGAGUCCAGGCCUUCAAGAAGAGUUCCUUCUUUAGGCUGCAGAGAGUCCCCCACCUCCCCGAGAAUAAAACAAACGCUGAAAAAAGUGUGCAUUUGAUUUUAUUGCAUCGUGCAAAUUCUCUGGAAUGUCUGAGUGGACAGGGGAGGACAGUGCAAAAGACACGCUCGUGGCUUCCUUUGUACA